CACCUUCCCCCCGGCCAGGAGCGCAGCCGCCGCCGCCGCCGCCGCGUCCUCACAGCCUUGCGCUCCGCCCGCUGCCUCUGCCGCCGCAGCCCGGCCCAGGAGCGCAGAUCCUUUGGGCACCGGCCCCGCAGCCUGCCCACCCUUUGGGCCGCGUGCGCUGCAGCCGGCAUGGGGGGCCACUGAGAGCCGGCACUCCUUCCCUCUGGUACCUCCCCCGGCCACUGGCCACUGGACUCCGGCCAGCGAGCCUCGGGCACCUCUGGCCCCAGUCCGGAGCCUGGCACGGCCCUCAGCUCUGCCCCUCCGGCUCUGAGCAUCGUGUCCCUGCCCCCCCCGCCCGUGCCUGGGACACCUGGGUCCCCCGGCGGCCCUGAGGAGAGGGGCGGGGGGGGGGUUAUGAAGCCGCUGGAGAAAUUUCUGAAGAAGCAGACGUCGCAGCUGGCGGGGCGAACGGUGGCGGGAGGUCCCGGCGGGGGUCCGGGGAGCUGCGGCGGGCCUGGAGGGGGUGGGGGACCUGGCGGGGGCGGCGGUCCAGCCGGGGGACCGCGGCCGCUGCAGCGGCGUCAGAGCGUGUCUCGCCUGCUGCUCCCAGCUUUCCUCCGGGAGCCCCCCGCCGAGCCGGGGCUGGAGCCGCCCCCAGAGGAGGACGGAGGAGAGCCGGCGGGGGUCGCGGAAGAGCUCGGCAGCGGAGGGCCCUGUUGGCUGCAGCUGGAGGAGGUCCCGGGGCCCGGGCCGCUCGGGGGAGGGGGACCCCUGCGUUCCCCUUCCUCGUACUCCUCAGACGAGCUGUCCCCCGGCGAGCCUCUGACUCCUCCACCCUGGGCCCCUCUGGGCGCCCCCGAGCGGCCGGAGCAUCUUCUGAACUGGGUUCUGGAGCGGCUGGCCGGAGGGGCCACCAGGGACAGCGCCGCUUCAGAUACCCUGCUGGAUGACAUCGUCCUCACUCAUUCGCUCUUCCUUCCCACGGAGAAAUUUCUGCAGGAGCUGCACCAGUACUUUGUUUGGGCAGGAGGCAUGGAAGGCCCUGACGGGCUGGGCCGGAAGCAGGCCUGUCUAGCCAUGCUCCUUCACUUCUUGGACACCUACCAGGGGCUGCUGCAGGAGGAAGAGGGGGCUGGCCGCAUCAUCAAGGACCUGUACCUGCUGAUUAUGAAGGAUGAGUCUCUUUACCAGGACCUCCGAGAGGACACACUGAGGCUGCACCAGCUUGUGGAAACAGUGGAGCUAAAGAUCCCGGAGGAGAGCCAGCCGCCCAGCAAGCAGGUAAAGCCACUCUUCCGCCACUUCCGUCGGAUAGACUCCUGUCUGCAGACCCGCGUGGCUUUCCGGGGUUCCGAUGAGAUCUUCUGCCGGGUCUACAUGCUUGAUCACUCUUACGUGACCAUACGCAGCCGCCUCUCAGCAUCUGUGCAGGACAUUCUGGGCUCUGUGACGGAGAAAUUGCAGUACUCAGAGGAGCCUGCGGGGCGUGAGGAUUCCCUCAUCCUGGUUGCUGUGGCCUCCUCAGGAGCUCGUUCUCCUGCAGAGAAGGUCCUUCUCCAGCCGACUGAAGACUGCGUCUUCACCACACUGGGCAUCAACAGCCACCUGUUUGCUUGCACCCGAGACAGCUUUGAGGCCCUGGUGCCCCUUCCUGAGGAGAUCCAGGUCUCCCCUGGAGACACGGAGAUCCAUCGCGGGGAGCCUGAGGACGUGGCCAACCACCUUACCGCUUUCCACUGGGAGCUGUUCCGCUGUGUGCACGAGCUGGAGUUCGUGGACUACGUGUUCCACGGGGAGCGCGGCCGCCGGGAGACGGCCAACCUCGAGCUGCUGCUGCAGCGCUGCAGCGAGGUUACCCACUGGGUGGCCACCGAGGUGCUGCUCUGCGAGGCCCCGGGCAAGCGCGCGCAGCUGCUCAAGAAGUUCAUCAAGAUCGCGGCCAUCUGCAAGCAGAACCAGGAUCUGCUGUCCUUCUACGCCGUGGUUAUGGGGCUGGACAACGCCGCCGUCAGCCGCCUGAGGCUCACCUGGGAGAAGCUGCCAGGGAAAUUCAAGAACUUGUUCCGCAAAUUCGAGAACCUGACGGACCCCUGCAGGAACCACAAAAGCUACCGGGAAGUGAUCUCCAAGAUGAAACCCCCUGUGAUUCCUUUCGUGCCUCUGAUCCUCAAAGACCUGACUUUCCUGCACGAGGGAAGUAAGACCCUGGUAGAUGGCUUGGUGAACAUUGAGAAGCUGCAUUCAGUGGCCGAAAAAGUGAGGACAGUCCGCAAAUACCGGAGCCGGCCCCUUUGCCUUGAUAUGGAGGCCUCCCCACAUCACCUGCAGACCAAGGCCUACGUGCGCCAGUUCCAGGUCAUCGACAAUCAGAACCUCCUCUUCGAGCUCUCCUACAAGCUGGAGGCCAACAGUCAGUGAGAACUGAGGUUCUGGUCGGCCCCUCACCAGGGUCCUUGGGCACCUGGCACUCAAGCACUUUGCACAACUCCCUGCCCACACCUGACAGCUUUCUUCUGGAGCCGCUUCCUGCCCCACAGGAAGGAGUUGAAUGGACUGAGCCCUGGACUCAUAAGCCUGUUCUUCCUGCUGAAGUCCUCUCCCCCGUGCUCCUUCAAGCCCAAGCCACCCUCUGCUAGUUCCUGCCCUCCCAGGGGAAGCAGUGGGCAGAUAGCUCCUUCCUUGGCCCCUCCCAUCCAGGUCUGUUCCGGAGAUGGAGUUUCCCAUCUCCUCUACCCAAGCAGGCAGGAAGGCUUUGCCCACCCCCCGCCCCAUCUCAUCUCACAGAGCAGAGCUGUGGGAGGGAUUGGCAGCCUUCCUCUCCACCACCUGCCUGGCUUCUGCCUGGCAUCUGCCUGACUUCUUCUUGGUGAGGGCUGGGACCCCUAGAUGCACCACCAGAUGUGAUAUUGCCCUUGUGUCUGUCUGCGUGCGUGUGUGUGUGUGUAUUUGCACGUGCGCGUGUGGCCCCUUUGAAGGAGUAGCGCUGCAUCUGGCAUUUGAGGGAAGGUGCUGUGUGUCCUGGGGAGGGGGUCCUUCUGUUUGGUGCUACCCUUGUCUGCUCUGCUCCCGGGACAGUAUGGGGUGCUUUCCCUACCCCCACCACUCCCUGCCCAGCUCCUCCGCUGCCCUGCACACCCAGGCUUGUGGGUGAAGCUGCUCCGGAGGGCAGGGAGCAGGAGCAGACAGGAGGGUUACCAUCAGCCCUUACAGGUCCCCCACUCAGGCCUCCUAAAGUUCCCUGGGUGGGCUCUGAUGAGAGGGUAAAAGAAGCUCAGGGAAACAGAGGCCUAAGCUGCCUACAGGACCCUCCCUCCACAUUGCAGUGGGGUGAGUCAUGGUAGCAGGAGUUCAAGGUUGAUUUCUGCCCAUCCUCCUGAUUUUAGGGUGUCUGAAGGCAAUGGCAGCCCGCUCCAGUACUCUUGCCUGGGAAAUCCCAUGGGCGGAGGAGCCUGGUAGGCUGCAGUCCAUGGGGUCGCUAAGAGUCGGACAC